UGGUAACCCCAUGUUGUAACUGUCAUCCGGUCAUUAGCUUUGCUUUAUUUGUGCCGCUGAUCCUAUUUUAUAAAAUAAACAAGAUAAAAAAUGAAUUAGCAUAUCAAAGCAUUUGAGCUAUACCGUGCAGUGCAUUCAAUAAAGACUGGAAGGAAGUGCUAAAAAUAAAAUGGCCCCGCAGUACAUUUUGUCGCUGAUCCUUCUCCUCACCUACAAUAUGGUGCAGCAUUGUGCUUCUGCAGCGGUUCACAGCCACAGCCUUGAGCAGAACCAGGAGCGAGAGUCUGAUGGGAGUUUUCGUCCGCGAGACUUCGACCACUACAGCGAGGGCAGUCACAACUCUGAGUUCGACCACGAGGCCAUAUUAGGUAGUGUAAAAGAAGCUGAAGAGUUUGACAAGCUGAAGCCGGAGGAGUCCCGGCGGAGGCUGGGGCAGCUCCUGCCGCAGAUGGACCUCAACAAAGACCAGAGCAUCGACAGGUCUGAGCUGAAGGCAUGGAUUCUAAACUCAUUCAUAAAACUAUCCAAAGAGGAAGCUGAGGAACGCAUGAACGAGGUAGACAGCAACAAAGACGGGCUGGUGACGUGGCCGGAGUACAUGCAGGACGCGUUCGGGGCCGACGACGACGAGGAGGCCGGCCCGGGGGACACCGGCGACACCGGCAUGUUGGUGCGAGAAGAGAAGUUGAUGUGGGCGAUCGCAGACGUAGACGGCGACGGCGCGCUCAAUUUUGAGGAGUUCAAGACAUUCUCAAACCCCGAGGAGCAUGAGGUGAUGUUCCCGUUCCUGGUGAACCAGACGCUGAAGGACAAAGACGAGGACAAGAACGGCAAACUGGACUUCCACGAGUAUGUAGGCUCCAGAGGAAGACACGAAGACAAAUCAUGGCUUGUAUCUGAAAAGGAGAAAUUCGAUGACCUCGACCUGGACGGAGACGGGAAACUUGACGAGAAGGAGGUCAAGAAGUGGGUCAUACCGGACAAUGAUCGCGUGUCUGUCUUCAGGGAAAUCGCCGAGGAGGAAGUGGAUCACUUGUUCACAGCGGCCGACGACGACCACAACGAUGUACUGUCGUUCGAGGAGAUCCUGGCUCACCACGACGUGUUCGUGGGGAGCGAGGCCACCGACUACGGCAGCGACCUCUACGGGGAGCACUUUGACGACGAACUGUGAGCGGCGAUACGCGCGCACGUCGAUAUUGUGAGAUCGCAACGUUACCGCUCCAGGUGGCCGAAAUAUGCACUAAAUCUGACAGCUAUCAAUGCCAAGUUGACAGAUGUCAACGUCAAAUCGUUAUUGGCGCCACCGGAGCGGGUAAUUUCGCGGCCCACCAUGCGCGUGCAGCUUACGUGUCGGAUGUUCCUAUUGAUGGCCACAUUUUUUUACGUGUUCGGAAUGGACAGCACCCUGUAUUACGAGAAUAUUAUCGACGUGGAGAAGGCCUGUCAGGACACUUUGAUAGCGGCAUUGAAUACUAUCGUCUACGGGCAUAUGGAUGCGUUCACAGACAACAGACUGUUCUAUUUCGCGUGCACGGCUAAUCUAUGUUACUUGCGCAGGUAGAACGACAUUUUUAGGAUUUAUUAUGUUUACCUCCACAUAGUGAUUUUUUUUGCGAGUUUAGAAAUGGAAUAGUUUUAAUUUAUUGUUAAGUAAUUUAUUUCAAAUCAAAUGAAUCUUUAUUUUAAAGUUAAGUUUAUAUAUUUGCUAAUAAAUCGAUAGAUUUUCAAAAAUGUUACUUGUACUAUACAGUAUAACCACAUUUAUGAAUGUUUCUCAAUUUAUAAAACUGACAUUUGUUCUAUAUUUUUGACGUUCUUUGUAAUUGUAUAAAUCUCAGCACAAUCCUGAAUUAGAGUACUAGUCAUAACUACCCCCAUCAAACACCCAAAUUCAAAGGUCCUAAUUGCAUGAGCGUUUUUUAAACCACCUGACUGCCUACGAACUUGAUUGCUCUUUCACUUUAGGUAUAUAUCGUAUCUUCGAUCCUUGUCUUUCGUGCAAGACGUCAAAAAACGCUCUUGCGAAUGAGGCCUACGUGAAUGGUAGGUUCGUAUUUCUGUAUAUAUUAUAAAAUGUUAGGAUUUUAACUCCUACAAAAUCGUAUAAGAAUAAUGACAUUAAACUAUGUAUAUCACUAAUAAAAAAAAAAUUGAUUUUCUUCUCAAAUAGGUGCGAUGUAGAUAGGUAAGGUAAAUAAGAAACGAUUAUUUCAAAAAAAUUCAGGAAAUACCAAAAAAAACACUAACUUGGGAGAAAAUCUCAAUAUAAUGUAGUUAGGUGCCAUAAAUAAUAUGUACUUAGAACCAAAUGUGAGUCUAAUUGAAAUCGUGUACGUCGUAUUUUAAAAAUAAAGUAUUUGUAUUA